UGACCAAUCGUUCAUCUAAAAGAAAAGAAAGGUUCUGUUCCAUCUUCUUCAUCCUUCUCUCCAUAGCUUAUUCCUUCCAAAAAUCCAAGUUUUAAUCAACUGAAAAUGCCUGCUAAAUAUUCACAACAACUGAGAGAAGAGGAAGAAGCGACGGGAAGCUUAUUACCCACUCGAUCUCCCGAUUCUGAAGAAGAAAAAGAUGACACAGAGACAGCUUUCGAGUCCAGUGAGAAGGUUGUGGUAGUGGGUGUCGACGAGAGUGAGAGCAUCCAAAACAAGGAUUUUUCUACAGUUCCACCCUUUUCAUGGAAGAAAUUAUGGUUGUUUACGGGGCCAGGUUUCCUCAUGAGUAUUGCUUUCCUCGAUCCUGGAAACCUUGAAGGAGAUCUCCAGUCGGGAGCUAUCGCGGGUUAUUCUUUGUUGUGGCUAUUGAUGUGGGCUACCAUCAUGGGACUUUUGAUUCAGAUGUUGUCGGCUAGGCUUGGUGUCGCCACGGGCCGGCACUUAGCGGAGCUCUGUAGGGAGGAGUACCCGUCAUGGGCGGGCUACCUUUUGUGGAUUAUGACGGAGCUGGCCUUGAUUGGGGCUGAUAUUCAGGAGGUUAUUGGCAGCGCUAUUGCCAUCAAGAUUCUCAGCAAUGGAAUUCUUCCGCUCUGGGCUGGGGUUGUCAUUACAGCUUCUGAUUGUUUCAUCUUUUUAUUCCUUGAGAACUAUGGAGUGAGGAAGCUGGAAGCCGUUUUUGCAGUUCUCAUCGGAACAAUGGCAAUUUCAUUUGCCUGGAUGUUUGGCGAGACCAAACCCAGUGGAAAGGAACUUCUAAUAGGUGUUGUGGUUCCAAAAUUGAGCUCGAGGACAAUACGCCAAGCCGUUGGUGUUGUAGGUUGUGUAAUCAUGCCUCACAAUGUGUACUUGCAUUCUGCUCUUGUACAAUCAAGGAAGGUUGAGACCCACAAGAGAGGCCGGGUCCAAGAGGCCCUUAAUUACUAUACCAUUGAGUCCACUGCUGCCUUAGCCAUCUCCUUCAUGAUCAACCUCUUUGUUACAACUGUUUUUGCAAAGGGAUUUUAUGGUACAGAUAAAGCUGAUAGCAUAGGCCUAGUAAAUGCGGGACAGUAUCUCCAAGAGAAGUAUGGACGAGGAAAAUUCCCAAUUCUCUACAUCUGGGGUAUUGGGUUAUUGGCGGCUGGGCAGAGUAGUACCAUCACAGGGACUUAUGCAGGUCAGUUUAUCAUGGGAGGUUUCCUCAAUCUCCGUUUGAAGAAAUGGUUGCGAUCCUUGAUCACAAGAAGCUUCGCUAUCGUCCCGACUAUAAUUGUUGCCCUUGUGUUUGACUCAUCUGAAUCUACAUUGGAUGUUCUUAAUGAAUGGCUUAAUGUCCUUCAAUCGGUUCAGAUUCCUUUUGCCCUUAUUCCCCUGCUUUGCUUGGUCUCCAAGGAAGAGCUAAUGGGAUCCUUUAAGAUUGGUCGUACUCUCAAGGUGAGAUGCUAGCCUAUUAUUUGGUACUAUCUUUGUUUUUUUGAUAAGCUAUUCCAUUCUAUGAUGUCAAUCCAUGACUUGGAUCGCUGUUACUUUGGGUAAACAUUAAUUGUAUUUCUAGAGAUCUUGUCACUUUGAUUGACAUGGUUGACAUUGAUCCUAAAUCCUAGCAGUAUUUGGAUCAUGUGCAUUCAAUUGCUUCAGUAGAAAUUGUAUCUAUAUUUGCA